CCCUCCCACUUUUGCAAGUCAACAACAACAGCAGCACGUGUUGUGAACAAGUUGUGCUAAUGUGCUAGACAAGUUCAUCGUUAAUUAUCUAAGUUACAAGGAUUUUCCCAUCAAAAAUGGCCAGUCGCUUUAAAUUAAAAGAAAGUUUUGAAGUUGAAUCCCAGCACGCUGCAUUUUUUACUGGCAACCAAAUUGCUUGGACUAGUGAUGGGACUAGUUUCUUGUGCCAGGAUGGUGCUAAAGUGAACAUGCUAGAGCUUGAAAGUGGAAAAGUUACCACCACGUUUUGUACCUCCUCGUCUGAAGACGAAGAUAUCAAGGAUGACCCUGUUACUGCAUUUGCUCUUAGUGAAGACGAAUUUGGUUCCUACCUUUUUGUCAGCUACAGAAGUGGCCUGAUUGCCAAGUGGAGCCGAACAGAGAAUGAGAUAUUACGUUCCUGGAAGUCAGUUCAUAAGGGUCCUGUUGCACGUAUAGCAGUUGAUGAAGAUGCAAUUUAUUUAGCAACUGGCGGCAGCGACUCCAAAGUUCGAAUUUGGGAACUGGCCAACUUCAAUUGCAUCCACAGUCUCAAGGGCUGCCAAGGUGUCACAAGUGUUCUCAAAUUCCGCCCCAACUCAAAUGAAAUAUUUGCUGCCGGAGAUGACUGCAAAAUCAGAAGCUGGUCUGUCAGCAAUGGGGCAGAGAUACUUGUGCUUGAAUCGCAUUUCAGCCAAGUUACUGCUAUUGAAUUUUACGAAAACCAACUCGUUAGCACUGGACGUGAUUCCGUUAUUUGUUUGUGGAACUUAGACGGAGGAGCAUUAUUAAAAACAAUUCCUACUUAUGAGAGCAUGGAGGGGAUGGUUUUGCUUCCUGCCAGUUGUGUUUUGCCUGGAAAUUAUCAUGUCGGGUCCAACAGUGGUCCGCAUGUUGCUGUUGCUGGAGAAAAAGGUGUGGUAAGAGUGUGGCAAGUUGAGAAAGCCAAGGAAAUAUUUGUUCAGUCCAACUCCCAAAUUUCUCCAUCAACUGAACCGGGCGGACUUGCAGUUACUACACUCAUGUUGCAUGACAAUGUCUUAGCCAUGGUCGGUGUAGAUCACACCAUAGCGUUGCACACCCUCAGUGACUUUGAAUGCCAACGUCUGUUGAUUGGUUAUUGUGACGAAAUCUUGGACAUUGUUUAUUGUGGCAAAGGAGACACUUGCUUGGCAGUUGCAAGUAACAGCCCUGAUAUAAAACUGUACAGACUCAAGGAUAUGCAUUGUCUUCUUCUCAAGGGGCACACUGAUCUUGUGCUAGCACUGUCUGCUUCUCCAUCGCAACCAAAUCUUUUGGCUUCAUCUGCAAAGGACAACACGGUAAAAUUAUGGCUUAUUGACGAAGAGGUUGGAAAAGUGGCCUGUGUUGCGUCUGGAGAACGACACACAGGAUCAAUUGGUGCAGUGGUCUUCAGUCAAACUAGUGCCGAGUGGCUGUAUUCUGGAGCUCAGGACAACUGUAUCAAAGCAUGGAAAAUUAAAGAAAACGAGAAAGAAUAUUCGUUAACUCCAGUGCAUUCUGCAAUCGCACACGACAAAGAAAUCAAUGGACUGUGUGUCUCUCCAAAUGACAAAUUUGUGGCUUCGGCUAGCCAGGAUAAAACGGCAAAGCUUUGGAAUGCUGACCUGACUUUAAUUGGGGCUCUCCGCGGUCACAAAAGAGGUGUUUGGUGUGCCAGAUUUUCUUCUGCGGACCAGGUGAUAGCUACUGGAUCGGCCGACUGCACCAUUAGAUUGUGGAACUUGGCAGAUCUCACGUGCAUUAAGACUUUUGAAGGCCACGACGCAUCAGUCUUAAAAUUAGAAUUUCUAGCUUCUGGAUUGCAAAUUAUUUCAAGUGCUGGCGAUGGUCUUUUAAAGUUGUGGACAAUAAAAAACAGCGAAUGCACUUUAACAUUGGAUGGGCACGACGGAAGAAUCUGGGCGUUAGCAGUUCAGGCAGACCAAACUCGUAUGGUGUCUGGAGGGUCGGAUUCAAAACUUGUGGUCUGGCGAGACACCACAGUCGAGAAGCAAGAGAAAACAAGACAAGAAAUGGUUGAAAAAGUGGAGCAAGAUCAAACUCUGUCAAAUUUAAUGCACAACCAGAUGUAUGAGUCGGCGUUGGAACUAUCCCUGCAGUUGAAUAGACCCAAAACAACACUGAAAAUCAUCCAGAUCCUGUCCCAAGAGAAAGACAAACUGAGAGGUGCUGUGAAAAAGUUGAACCCUGAAUUGCAAGAAUCACUUUUGCAAUUGGCCCUGAAGUGGAACAGCAACACCAGGAAUUAUACUGAAGCUCAGCUUAUUCUGGAGUUUAUGCUGACAGAGGGUUCUGUUCAGCUUAGUGCAUCAGAUUUGGCCCAAGCACUAGCAUUCACAAACAAACAUUUUCAGAGGCUUUCGCAGUUGCGAGCAGACUUGCAUUUCUUAACAUACACAGCCUCCAGAAUGGCUUUAUUGCCGGAUGAAAUGUAAAGACGAAGAAAUAAAUAUUUUUUAUUUAUCAAA